AAAAUAAUUAAUAUUGAUUCAUCCGUAUGGUAUAUUCACAUAAUAAAUACAUUAUGAUUAAAAAAAAUAAUCAACUUGCCAAAUAAACCAUAAAAUGUACACAAGUCUUUCCACUAUAUAUCAACGUUUUUCACAGCUCCUUUGCUUCCAACCACCAACAGUAUAAUUUAUAUCUGAAAAGUAAAACUGCAACCCCCAUUCAAAAUUUCCUGCCCAUAGAGUGAUUUUAGGAAGCUGAUGUGGCAGAGUGUUAAGCGGGGAAAAAAGAGUCCCGCAUGAUUUCAGAACAAAAAAACUCUCCACUACCCACUUUUUUCUCCUUCCAGGCCCACGUUCUCAUUUAAUUUGUAUAAAAAACUCUCCACUACCCACUUUUUUCUCCUUCCAGGCCCACGUUCUCAUUUAAUUUGUAUUAAUUUGUAUUUUUUAUUUCCGAUUUCCCUUCCUUCCACUCUUUCACCUCAUUCGAAUAAGUUUCUUGGCCUUCAGAAAACCAAACCUUGACUCAAUCAUCUGGUUCUUUUAUGUGCUUGCAUCUACCUUUGAUUUUCGUUCUCUAAGCGUUAGAUCGGUAUUGGUUUUGCCGUAAGUUAUUCUUCCUCUUUCAGAUUUCUGUUUGUUGUUGUCGCUGCUUUUAAGUUUUAGGGAUUCGGGUUCUGGGUUUUUUUUCCAGGGAUUCGGUUGCAAAGAUUCAUCUCCCUUACCUUUCGUUCAUUUCGUUUUCUUUAUUCUCUCUUACCUUCCUCGCUUCAUUCUGUUGAUUGGAUUCUCUAGAGAUCAAAAGGGGAUUUUUGAUUUUUCCCUUUCUCUUGAAAGUAACAAAGCUGCUUACUUUAAAUUCCACUUCGCUUAGACUGUCUUCCAGAGAGCAGCCGACUGCCGAUUUUGAGCUGAGUUUUUCCGGGCCGCAGAGAAAGAAGAGGAAAGAAAGAGACGUUUGGCGGCGGCGGCCAGGUACUUCGUCCGGGUCGUUUUCCGGGUCAGUAAACCGAAGGGCCGGCUAUAAAUUACCGCUGGCCUGGCAGGGGAAAAGGAAAGCGUAAACCAUAAGGCCUCGGGGAUCCAUUUCUCUCGCCAGUCCAUACUUCAGAGGCCCAGCCUACUUGAGUCCAGAACCAGCCCAUCACCGACGAAAUUUGGCGCGCCGUCCCCCACCCGCCACCACGUAUGAGACAUAAUCAAUUUACUUUCUGAUGUUAACUCUGUUGCAGGUAAAUGUCGAAAUCCAACUUGAUCAGUAAGGUUUUCUCUCAUAUGUUUCUAGGUUAAUUAAUCUAAUGGGACUGGCUAUGAUAUGAUAAUGUACUUUCAGCUCUAAUCACUAAAGAAGUAUAAAGUAGGCGGUAUUGAUAAGCAUGCUCCACUGGUUACUGUAUUGGUUCUACUAGGCUUUUUUCCUGUUAUUACAUAAGAUCAUUGGACAGUUUUAUCUCACUCCAUUAGUUUGUUUUAUUGUUCUUCAACUUCAUUUGCAUUGUAUUUGUAUUGUGACAUUAGAGUUGGAAUCCAUUUGUGCUAAAAGUACAAAGCGUAAACUGCAUAAUUGAAAGAAGGGAUAAGCUUGGUAUAGUUAGAAGAACUAGAAUUGGUAAGCACUUAUAGUGCUUUUCUUAUUGCCAGCUUGCUUCUUUUUCAAACUUCUCUUUGGAUAUGGUUUUUAUGGAUGCCUUUGAAUUAUAUUUGUGUUGGCUAUUACAUUGUUGUCCUUCUCGCUCUUCCUUUGCAUCCCCAAGCUUGGAAGCCAUUCUGUUAUAUGUGUUUUGUUCAUCAAUUUAAAUUAUGCCUUAUAUAGUUAUAUUUUUCUUCGACUGUUAUGUUUGUGUGGUGUGUUGUAUGUGUCAUUAACUCGCACAAACUUAUAAUUGGUGAGGAGUUCAACUUCUGUUGUAACAAUUAAUUAAUUUAUAUGAAUGGCAGCUGCAAAAUUUACUGGAACGGGUGCAUCAUUUACCAUGACCUCUAUUUCAGAUUGCAUAAGGUUAUUGGAGAAUUUAAUAUGGAUAGUGCAAAUGUCAUCCCAUCUGCCCAACCACAGAUUUAUCGAUCGUCUGUACCAUGGAAACGUCGAGCAGUGUUUAUUCAUCCUGAAGAUCAGUACCAACGCUGUGUUUUAUCUGCUGAAGAGGAAGAAGCAUUUGAGAGAGAAGAAGCUGCCUUACAAUUCCAACUCUCUCAACUUCGGCGAAUACUAUCCCAAGUCGCCCGUAAGAGAAGACAUCAUAUUUUGAAACAGAAGGUUCAUAGGAGGGGCUUGCCUUUUGAACACCAAGGUUGUUGUUUGCUAAAUUUUGUAGCAAGUCUUACAAAUUAGGCUAUUUUAGAUUGUUGAAUCUUUAUUUAUUUCUUUAAUAUCGUAUGUGUUUUGGUGUUGUUCAUAGUUUUGGAGCCGUAGUUUAGAUUUCUAUUACAAAAGCAAAGUCGAUUACUUCGACGUAUUCAUCUGCAUAGAAAGAGACGUGGCCGAAGUUUCUUUCCUACAGAAGUCAAUCAAAGUAUGUGGAUUCUAAUGGCCACUAUUAUACAUGAAAUGGUUCAUCUCUAUUUUGGUUUAGUUUUUGUACAUUGGAUAUAUAUUUUUGUGUUCUGGUCAACAUAUUUUGUUUCCUAUUUUGGUUUUAGAACAUAUAAUGUACCCAUUUCUGCCAUGCAUAUAAUUUAGUGAUGUACGCUUCAUGUCACCUUAUGCAAAUAGUGGAUUGUUUUUAGAUGUUGAUGUGUCAACGGCAAAUUUGUGUGUUAUGAACAAACUUUGGUGUUUCCUGAAAUUUGACUUAUUCUUACUUAAAAUGAGCGGUAUACCGGGACGGGUUAGCAUGCUUAAGGGGUUGGUUUUUUGACACCCCCCUUUUAAUUGGUCAAUUUUUCAUUAAUUAUUGACAAGUAUUAAUGAAAGUAAACAUAAUGUUCUGUUAUUAAAUACAAAGUAAGCAUUAAAUACACCGCAUUAAUUACCACUUUACUGGUAUUUGUACCACUGCACUGAUACUCAGAUAUGACAUUGCUACCAGUGCACUGAUAUCGCUACCAGUGCAGUGGUAUAUCUACCAGUACAGUGGUACAACGUAUCAGUGCAGUGGUAUAUCUACCAGUACAGUGGUACACAGUAUCAGUGCAGUGGUAUAUUUUUUGGAGGUGGUCGGAGGGAGUCUGCCGAUGGGAUUUUCACCGGAGAAGUGUGGCGGUCGGAGGAAGUCUGGUGGUCGGAAACUGCUGAAAAAGGAAAAAUCCAAUAUAGUGAGAGAAUUCCUAAUGUGUAUUUAAUGUGUGUAUUUAAUUCCUAAUGUGUAUUUAAUAGUGAGAAAAUUCCUAAUUAAUAUGGUACAUUUAAUUCCUAAUGUGUAUUUAAUGUGUGUAUUAAAUUCUAUAGUUGUAUUUAAUAUACUAGGGGGUGUCAUUUUUCCAACCCCUAAGGGGGGUUAGCAUGCUAACCGACCCCCGGUAUACCAAUCUAUCUUGCCUUGAGAACAUUUAUUUUAAUAAUUGUGUUUACUGUAGCGCGCCUAAAUCGGCUUCACAGUUUCUCAUUCUCAUUCAAUUUAUGAAUUACUGUGACAAAAAUUUAUUAAUAUUACUUAUCUAUUUCACUAGGUCUUCCAUUGGUUGAAUUUUUUGAUAUUGGUCCACCUUCAUGUACGUGUCAACAUUGUGGAGCAGUUAUGUGGCGGUUCGAGAGUACUUUAUCUACACGGAAUGAUGUGUUGCCUGCAUUUCCUUUAUGUUGCAAACAUGGUAAAGUGAAAUUGCCUCCCCGCAGAGAUGUGCCCGAAUUUCUUAAAACUCUACUUGAAGGGGAUACACCAUUAGCGCGUCACUUUCGUACCAACAUCAGAGCCUAUAAUGGGGUUUUUUGCUUAAUUUCUCUCGGAGGUAAAGUCAAUCACUCUAUUAAUGAUGGUCGUGGAGUUUAUGUAUAUUCAAUCGGUGGUCAGAUUUAUCAUCGAAUAGGAUGUUUGGUUCCUGGUGAUGGGGAUAGUCCGAAAUUUGCACAGCUUUACAUUCACGAUUCAGAUAACGAGGUGCAGAAUCGUAUGGACUUUUACUCCACUGAUCCUUCCAAGAAUCCGUUGCGCCAGUGUAUUGUUGAAACCCGUCUCCAGGAGUCGAAUUCUCUGUUAUUAUCUGGUAAAUUGUUUCAACAAUAUAUGGUGAAUGCAUUU